CACAGCAAAAAAAGCACGAGGUGCGCUUCUUUCAAAACUCUACCAAAUCAAGCCUAAAGCAAAACAAAGUCAAAGUCACUUGUAAGAUUACAAAACAACUUUCCAAGUGCAAAGUGUGAAGUGAAGUUAUCAAGGCAUGAAGAAGAAGGAGGUCUGAAAGUGGGGGAUCUGCGGCUAUGACAGCACUGUCCAACUCCAACGAUUCGGCCAUAACCUUGGAAGAAUGGAAUGGCUCUUCCACCUCCAAGCUCUCUAAGACUUUCACCAUCCAAGCUUCCUCUUCCUCUGUCUCCUUUAAAAGAUCCGGUGCCCGUUUCACCCAUCUUUGGAGACGAUUAUUGCAGGCAUUAGUUCCUGAGGGUUUUCCGAGCAGUGUGACUGCAGAUUAUGUUCCCUUUCAAAUAUGGGAUACAUUGCAGGGUCUUUCAACUUAUACAAGGACCAUGCUGUCUACCCAGGCUCUCCUUAGUGCUAUUGGGGUUGGCGAGAAAUCAGCUACUGUGAUUGGUGCCACUUUUCAGUGGUUUUUGAGGGAUCUAACCGGCAUGCUUGGAGGUAUCUUAUUCACAUUCUACCAGGGAUCAAAUCUUGAUAGUAAUGCCAAAAUGUGGCGUUUGGUUGCGGAUCUUAUGAACGAUCUUGUAUUUCGCCACUGUUUCCGUCAGCUUUUGUGAUUAUUGUUUGCCUAGGAAGCAUAUCAAGAUCAUUCAGUAAGUUCCAUCACUUCUUGAAGUUGAAAUAUAGAUUAGUAUAUGAUUACGUGUUAGUUGUUAGCUGUAGGUCUCUUACCUCCUUAUUCCAAAUUUCCACAAUGGCAGCAGUAUAUAAGACAAUCGCUAGGUGUAGUCACAAUAGUAGCAGUUUUUAUGAAGGGAGUCAAGAAACAGUGGCCACAAUGAUUGGCAUGGCAUUGGGCAUGCUUGUUGCUCGCAUCACCAUAGGACACCCACUAGCCAUUUGGGUUUGUUUUUUGUCCCUAACCCUGUUCCAUAUGUAUGCGAACUACCAAGCUGUGCGGUGCCUAGCGUUGACCUCAUUAAAUCCUGAAAGAACCACUAUUCAUUUGCAGCAUUUCAUGAAGACAGGCCAAGUUUUGUCACCUGAACAAGUCUCUGCAAAGGAACAUGUUUUACCUCUUAAGCUCACUGUAUGGAGCUCAAAGAAUGCUGAUUUGCUGUAUACAAAAGUACAUUUAGGUACAAGGGUUUCAUCAUUAGAUAACAUGGAAAUUAAGGAGCAUUUGCUUUCUGCAGCAUCUUACUAUGCAAAAGCCAAGUACUUACUAGUUGAAAGGAACGGAACUGUUAAUGUUAUUGUGCAUAAAGAUUCAAAUGCUGCUGACGUUCUGAAAUCAUUUGUUCAUGCUCUCAUUCUUGCAAUGAAUGUCUCUGAGAGCAAAUCUUCGCAUUCAGACAGCCAAAUGUGGAUCGAUAAGCACUACGACGUGUUUAUUCACAAGCUCAAGUCAUUAGGCUGGAAAACAGAACGGCUUCUAUCACCUAUAAUAUGGAGGGCAAACUGGAUCUAUAAAUCAUCUGAAAAGAAAGUCGAUUAGGUUUCAGUACAUGAAUAUUGUUCUAGAGAAGGCGACUAGCAGCACCUUCGAAAUGGAGAGUUGCUUGAAGUGGAGUUGAAUUAUGGUUGACAACGUUAGCAUGAUCUUUUAUAAGUUAUUUAUGAUUUCGCUGUGAUGCUAUGAAGAUAAAGAAAGCUUGACUAGUUGGUUGCAUUGCACUUCCACCCAACCUAAUGAUCUGUGUUUUCAUUUUGGCUCCGAGCUAAUACACUCUUCCAUCAUUAAAUAUGGUGUUUGACGCAUCUAACGCGGAUGAUACAUUCCAGAUGUAUGUCAGCAGUGUAUGAGCAAGAAGUUAGAACAAAUAAAGCAUCCUUUUAAUAGAGAUGAAUAUUUAUGUAUAGAGCUUUUGUUUUACGGAAAAUGCAUGUUUCCUUAGGCUGCAUUUGUUUUUUUUUUUUUUUGACAGGACAGAAUAUGAUACUGAGACGGAGACAAUAUAAUAAAAAUAUUAAAAAUUAUUCUGUGUAUUGUGUUUGAAUACAAUGUACAAGACACUAAUAUAAUAUCCUAAAUUAUGUUUGGAUAGAUAUAAAUAAGACAAAAAUAUUAUGCAAAA